GUGGCCGAGGACCGAGGACCGGGCACAGGAGACGCGCCUGGACCAUCGGAGCAGGGGAGCAGAGCCCGGGGCGAAGGGGUGAGGAGAGCACUCCCCACCCCGGGGCACAGGAGUGGGGCCCCCGAGUGCUCGGCCCCAGUCGGUGGGCACGGCACUGCAGGACACGGCCCUAAGCAUGACAGAAGAGGUGCCCGCAGCUCCCACCAUGCCGGCGUGCAACGGGAGCGUGCCCCCCGAGGACGGCCCGCUCCAGGGCAUCGGCGUGAUCGACGAGAGACCAAAAUCUACUGGGAUGGUCCCACAUGCAAACGUCGAAACCAGCCCUGAUGCUCCACUUGCAAAGGAAGCUCUGGAGGAAAACAGAAAUUCAUUGGCAGAGGACAUCACCCCGGGGGAUUCUGCUGGAGAGAAGCCAUGCCAAGAAAAGCGAGAGGAGAAGGAUGGGACGCUACAGCAGGGAGCAGCGGAUAUCCAGGACACAGGGACCGAUGGCCAGGGAUCAGGGGAAGGGCCGGGUGGCACAGAGGGGCUGCCGGUGGGCACCGGGGAGCCACCAGUGCCAACAGCCAGUCCCAGCGAGGAGGCAGAGAAGAGCCUGCCAGCCAGGGCUGAUCCCAGAGGGGACGUGGCCAAGCAGGAGGAGGAGGAGGAUGUGGAGGAGGAGGACACUGAAGAGGAUGAAGUUCAGGUGAUUGAAAUCAAGAAGGAGAACAGCGAGGCAUCCCACCUGCAGCAGCAAGAGAGCUGCAAGGAGCCAUCUGCCCUGACCAGCCCCAGCUGCAACUCCCCGCUGGAGAAACCUGGGGAGCAGCCCAGCCUGGGCAAAAAGAAUGACAUCUCCAGACACAGCUAUUCCAGAUACAACACAAUCUCCUACCGGAGGAUCCGGAAAGGAAACACCAAACAGCGGAUCGAUGAGUUUGAAUCCAUGAUGCACUUAUGAACUGAGGGGGAAUUGCCUAAUGCGCCAAACCUUGGCUCUGGGUCUGGGUUUAUUUUGUUCCCCCAAGAUGUCUCUUCACACAACAUGAGGUCACUGCUUUUCUCCUUUUUGUACAUGAUUUAUAAUACACUGUGAAAAUUUAACAUCUUGGCUUUGACAGGGGCAGAGGUGUCCAUAGUGCAGGAAAAUAAAUAAUCAGUUUGCUAAAUACAAA